UUUAGCGGAAGAAUGCACCCCAUUUCGCCGCCACGACCGAUUCCAAUGCGCCGAAGCAAGGACAACUGCAACGUGCGGCUCGCGCAGCAGCAAUACACAGCAUUUCGGCAAACGUCCAUACACAAGAAAGGGUUUCAAGACCCGUACGAAGUGGGCCGUGGCCCUGGCUACAUCGACCCCCACCUGCCGUCCACGACCCGCUCGAUAUCGCUGUACAAGGUCGACCGGUGCACGAGUUUGCACCUGGUGUUGCCGCUGCCAACGGACGCCAUCUACGAAGUGGACCACGGCAUCACUUAUGACGCCCAAUACAAGGGGAAUGCAACGCCCUUCAAGUCCGCCACCCCUCGCUUUGCAGAGUCCACACGAAGUGCCCCUGGACCUGGCUCGUACCGUGCCGAGCUGUUUCAAGGCGCGUUUCCAACACUCCUGAAAACAAUCACUCCACGAGACGUCCGGCAAGAACACUAUGAAAAGCAGCUGCAGCUCAAAAGUCUCAUGGGGAUCGCCCCGCCUCCGCCGCAUCAGCCCAACGUCACCCCGGCCAAAGACCACGCCAUGCCCACGCGACCUGUAAAGAAACCCCUGCACAAGUCGACUGGCCGACGAAUAGAAGGCAAACGACCCGCCCUCGAGAUCGAAGACGCCGCCGUGUCGUCCAAGGCGUCGAUCUGCUGUUCGUCCCCUCUCAUCGCCCGAUUAACACCAAAAAAUGCUUACAACGGCAGCUUUGUCAAAGCGAUGGUUGCCACCCCUCGGUACCGACAGGCUCUGGCGGUGGGCAAACGUCCAGCACCGUACGUGACGGAUGACGCAGAGCCGGUCGUCAUUGGAGAAGUCAGCACCGACACGAACGGCGCUGCGGCAGUGCCCACUACGCCCUCGGACGUUGUUGCGACGGGUAUAAUGGAUACCCCCCCGCCCAUGCUGUCGUUAACUAGCGAAGUGGUCAAGCAAGAGAUUGCCUUGUCCGACCACGUGGUCGAACGCGAUGACGCUACUAUCUGAGCGAAAAAAUAUAAAAACUGCCGGUGUAGUAGUCGCCCUACAUUGUAUCUAGUCGUCGUGCAAAUACUCGUCCGAGCCACUCCCAGAGUUAAAGCACACGCGGCACACGCGGACCAGUUCAAAGUACCCAAACUCGGGCAGCGACAUGCGAUGGCUCGUACACCUGUGGAAUCAGACGUGAACCCUCCCCCUUAGCAUCAGAAUCAGACACGUACUUGCCACAAAACACGUAGCCGCAGCACCGGCAGUGGUGGCGGUUGCGCACGACGGCAAUGAACUUUUUCUUGCACUGUUUGCAGCACGCGGCAUCCUUGUCCGACUCCCACACGGGCUGUACGUUUGAGUUACCGCCUCGCGACGUUGUCGCAGAAUGCAGGCGGGGUCCUUUCGUCGUCUGGUUGAAGUCGGUCAUGGCCAAGAGGCUGAUGUUGCGGAUGGCGUUCGAGUACGAAUUGGACAGUGUCGCAGACACCAUUGCCGCAUUGUUGUGGGCCGUCGUCGGGACCGACGACAACGGCGACGGCAGCAUGAACGGGCCCUCGUCUGGUCUGGCAUAUUCGUGGCCAAUCGUCACUUCUUCCAAUGGCGUGUUGAAGUUUUGAAAGCGCAAUCUAUACCCAUAUUCGUUCCAAUAUAGGUAUAUAUAUAUUUCUAUGGUCAGGGGGGAACGUACUGCUGCAUCGUCGCGUGUGCGUCCUCGUCCAACGACACGGCGAUCGUGCGCAUGGCUUCCAGUUGCCUCGUCAGGUCUUGGUAUUCCGAGCGGAGCGUCGUGAGGUCGGACACGUGGGGUCGGCCGGUCAAGAGCGCCGUCAGAUUCUGCUUCAUACGCCCGCUUCCGCUGCGCGUUCGAAGCAAAUCGACUGGUUGCAAGGGCGGCGGGCCUAACGAAGGCGACGACGCGUCCUGGUGCGGGGUGUUGCUAUGUGUGGGGCUAGCUACGUUGGACGUGAGUCGGCGCAGCAGUUUGGCCUUGUCAGGUGUGGUGCUCGGCGUCGACGACAGACUUGAAAGAGGAAGGCGGGGCUCGUGGUGGAUGGCAAUCUUCCGCGCGAGUCGCUGUAUCUCGGAGCGCAGCUGGGCGUUCUUGACCUCGACGUGCUGCUCGGGGGACAGCAUGUCGCGCAGCCGAGCCAAGUCGCGCUCUUGUUGCCGGAUCAACGCCAGCAUUUCCACCUCGCGCUGCUGCAGCCGCAUGUGGCUGAUGGCUUUCUGGUGCUGACUGGUCCACAGCUGCAUGAGCCGGACGCGGCACACGGGCACCAUCGCGUCGUCCGUGUCCGUGUUGUACAGCGGAUUCCGGUACAUGUCGGUGGAGGCGCGGAUAGAGUCCCAUACGCUGAUUGUCGGCACGGCGCAAAGAAAUGCCGCGCGGUCCGCCUCGCAGUUCUUUUGAAACGUGCCGUACCUACAUACAUACCGUGCCAGUGUUUCAAUACAACAAUUAAUGAGCCAAGUCACU